AUGUUGCGCCGUGUAGGAGAGCGCGUCACGGGAGGCAUACCGUGCACAGUGGCGCCCGUUGUGGGCCCUGUACGCUAUUUCUGGGACCCAUAUGGACAUCAACCGGAGUCCAUGUUUCUUGAUCGAAAGGAUCUUGAGCAGAUGUACCCCACUCGGAAGCCAAAAACGACCGGUGGUGAGUUUGGGUACGAGCGAGGUCCUUACUGGGCGGCGAUGCUUGUCCCUAAUCCCGCCGUCCGGUUGCCACACGAACGACGUAGGCUUAACCCAAAACCGGCGAAACGGGUAACAGUGUUCGGGGCUAGCGGGUACCUCGGUGGAGAAAUUGUGCGUGAGUUUUGUGAGCACAAAGACAUUGAGAAAGUGCGUGCCACUACGCGGUACCCCACACUGAUACCAGAGGGGUCGGAUUUGGAUCUCUUGCUGCAAAAAUACCCUGAAAAAAUUGAACUUCAUGAGUGCGAUGUAACCGACCGCAUCCAGGUUAACGUUGCGGCCAAUGGAAGUGACACCCUCGUUUUCGCUGUUGAUUACCACGCUGAAUACGCUAACAACAGCCAUCACGACGUCUUUCUGACGGGGUCAACAAACGUAAGUUGGACAGCGCGCAGCGUACGGGCGGAGCGUGUCAUAUUCUGCAAUGGAUUGGACGCAACAUUUGCCUCAGAGUCCAACUACUGCGACUUUCGCGCUCGAGCCGAAGACGCUGUGGGCGCAAACCAUCCGGACGCCACGAUUAUUCGCUUCGGACCGCUGUACGGGAAGAAUUACCGCUACCGAGGGUUGGGCCGCUACAUCUAUCCUGCGUGCUUUCCGAACUCUCUAGUGCAACCAACUUGGGUUGUUGACGCUGCCCGAGCUGUUGUCCGUUGUUCCAUGUCCCGACGGGCCGUGCGCUACAAGUUUGAUCUGGGAGGACCCCAGACUUUAACGCAUGUUGAGGCGUUCCGCGACAUUGCAUCCCACUUCGACGCGCGCCUCGUCGUCCCAUGUUACCGUGGCAUAGGACGAUUUUUUGGAAAACUUUUACCGUGGGUGGUUCCAAACCCGUGGUUUGAUGACAACUGGAUUGUUACUUAUGAACUCGAUCAGGUGAAUCGUCGUAGCACUCUUUUCGAUCGUCUUGCAUCAUGGGAACGAAUCGCGUAUGCCCCACACACAAUAGCGGAGGCUGCUGCAAUUGAGAAGGGCAAAGUGAAGCUCCCUCCAUUGCAUGAGCUUGACGUGUCCUACAAGGCCCUGGAAGCAGCUGACAAAGCCGCGUUUGAUUUAGAGGAGGAGAAUGCUAAGAAGUUUGGAAUCCACCGCGCAAAGGCGGAACCCGGUUUUGGUCGCACAGACGGUUUGGAGGCGCUUGCGCAAGAGAUCUAUCCAGGGCAGCAGUUCCGUAUUCGUCCGUUGGAGGGUGCCAAAUAUCCCUCUAAUGUGAAGAAUCCCGGACCUGUGGCUAUUCAUUAG